CAGAGAGCCUUUUCAGACAGACACAUGGGUCAUCAAUUGGCAUUCCAGCAUUCACCCUGUCUUCUUUCGCAUCUUGGCGGCUUCGGGCAGAAGCAUCAAACGAAGGGUUGUUCUUCAAUCUAUCCCAUCCCGUUAGAAGACGAAGAGGCCAGGAGCUGUGCUAUCUAGCUCUACUACUAGAAGCAGCAGUCAAUCGAUCCUCUUGUCGCUUGAGAUUGAUUCGAUUCAGUAGAGUACCAACAUCUAGCUAGCUAGCUUCAGAGCACUCUCUCCUAAUCUCAGAAAAGAGAGAGAAAGAACACGAAAUCAUGCCCCCCACAACCCGCCGCAGCAGUGAACAACUGGCGAGUGUCUUGUACAGUCGCGUAACGAAACAAGAAGACCUGAAUCGUUCCAUCUACCAAAAGUUUAACUUGAAAUGGGGCGACGAUCCGUUGGAGAAUCAAGGCAAACAAGGGCGAUUGUAUUCCCCCAAGUACGCCAAUCAACCGGGCGGUAUCCAAUUGGAAGAUGCCAUUUUUGGAGUUCAAAUGGCCCAUUUGGCGUGUACGGACGACAGUGAGGAGCGAUUGCAACAGAGCAGUCCGCAUACCAUUGAAGCACUCGAGGCAAUCGUAGGAGAACGAGGUGAUGCUGCUCGACAACCACUGUCUACCAUCUUGAAAGAUCAUUUUGAUUUGGAAAUGGAUUGUUGGAUCAACGAAUCGGGCUUCAAAAAGGGCCAUGCCAUUGACACACAGGCAUUCAUUGCCCACAAUGACGAUACCAUUGUCUUGGCGUAUCGCUUUAGUGUCAGCAUGUUGGAUUGGAUUACCAAUUUGACGGUUUCAUCGAGUGAAUGGAAACCACACGUCGACGAGAAACGCGUCAUUCCCUGUUGUGCCAAUCCCUGUCAAGGACUCUUUACCAAGUACUGUUGUUCCAUAGGCAAGCAACGCAAACCACGCGUUCAUACGGGCUAUUACAACAAUUUUGUUUCCAGUAUUCCCCACAUUCGCAAGUACAUUCUCGAACGAUUGCAAGAACCCAAUCGAAAACCCACAAAGAUCUAUUUGUGUGGAGAAAGUUUGGGCGCCGCCAUUGCUACUUUGGCAUUUUGUUUUAUUCUGUUAGAGCUGCCCUUUGAAAAUAUCGACGAAUGUCCCCACAAGGUUUAUUCGGUCACGGCUGGAUCGCCACGGGUCGUUGAUCCCCUCAUGCGACAAAUCAUCAUGGAUCGGAUGCAACUAUUGCGGCCACUCGACAAUGCCUGUAUCAUACGACUCGUCUACAAUCACGAUCUCGUGCCGCAUUUGCCCUUUGAAUUCUUGGGAUAUGAUCAUUUGGAAAAACUUGUCUUUAUUACUUCGGAUGGCGAUGUCAUUAUCAAUCCACGGUUGCGACAUACGCAUGGAUUUGGAGAAGUCAAGAAAAUAUUUCGACAAUCCUAUUGGAUGUACGAUCACAAUGCGACUAUGCAAACCAUUGUCGAUAGUCGAUAUGAUAGUACGACUCAACCUGGUGAACUCAAUAACAACAACAAUACUAUUACUGACAGCCAACAACAAGACCAACAAGAGGACCAAGAACAACCGUUCUCCCAACGCACCAAGACGGCCUUUGAACUCGAAUGCGAAGCCACACCGGGACCCAUCAAAGAUCACAUGCCCAUUUGGUACUUGACAUUUACACAAAACUUGAAGGAGAGAUACGAAUCGGUCGAAACUACCGUUACCGAAUUUCGACGUAACUCGACCUGGUUCAAGAGUCCUCACGAUGACGAUGCACCACUCGUGUCGUCAUCCAUUGCCGGGUCCUUGUUGGCGUCGUCCGGCCAUGACCCCGAGUCGGGACGAUCCUAUCUGCCGCCUUUGCAGGAAGCCCCGUCGAGUCGGGAUGAUGAUGAGGAUGAGUCGGAAGAAGAAGAAGAGGACAAUAUUGACAACAACAAUACUGCCAAAGACAGUCCACCACCACCACAAGAGGAAGCCGCCAAAGUGGAGCAACCGAGCUAGCUAGAUCCGUAGCUGGGAUUGAAUUCCAAAACGAUGAGGUGUUGCUUGAAUGCGAUGCUCCAAAGCAAGCUGGGGUCCUAUCUUUGUCUUGCAGUCGAAGAAAGGAACAGUUUCAGUGUGGCGUGUCAUCGGCCGGCGCAUCUUUUGUGGGGAUACGAUCCAACAAAGAGACGACAACAACAUGGGGCGAUUCCGCUGAAGUUGGAGGGCCUUUAUGCAGGCUUUGGGCGCUCUGUUGUUGUUCGGCUGCAUGGCGAUACGGCAGUGUUCUUGUUGUGAUGCCACGCGAGCUAUCAUAGCUAUCCAUCGGUAACAUGAUUGUGCAUACAGCGAACGAACUUCUGUACAAACUGUCGCUUGCUGAUGCACUGUAAUUGUUGUAAGUCACCCGAAAGGGGCGCCGUAUGGCUGAAUGAAAAAGACAGUAGCCCUUCCUAGCUAGGUAUUAUCGUAGCUGGCAACGGCAGUGUACUUCUUGAUCCCAUGAGGAUCGUUCGACGUUGACAAUCAUUAUGAGCCUAUAGUUAGUUGUAUGUUGGCUUCUUAGUUCGGUUUGUGAGCAAGCCACGUCGUUCGCAGCGCCAGAGGUCGGAAGAGGUGUUUGGUGAACGAAGAGCACAUGAGCAUGGAUCGAAGAUAGCAUGCGAGAUGCCCCUUCUUGCAAAAUUCAAUCAAGGCUGAAAACACUGGAUGUUCAAACCAAAACAUGCAUCGCUAGCUAGCAGGGUUUAGCUUUAUUGAAGACCAGCAUCACCUGAAUUCUCCCCCAAUUCCAAGCACUUGUCAACCGUCCAACGUGUGUGAACAGACCAGAUUGGACCAGCCAAAAGAUCCUUUUGAUACAUGUGCUGGUACUCAAGCCAAUGACGCUCCUCCCUCUGCGUAAGAAAAUGUUGCCAAGUCCCUUGGUCUUCCCCAAUAACUUGCAAGAGCCCCUUUCCGAACCUCGGGUACUGGCAAGGAACGGGGUUUGCUCGUCACUUUGUGUUCGUAGUCAAAGAGCCGUCUCCUUGCAGUUUCUCUCGUGCUGCAGCCAGCUUUGCCUCUAGAUCCUUCAUAAAGUCAAAGGCCUCGAUGCGAGUCUUCUUCAAGCGCCGAUCAAUUUCAAUGGUUGUAAAGUUGGCAAAGCUUCCAUGCUCCAAGAGCAUGGCGUACGUCAUCAUCUUUGCCAUGUUGCUCUUACCGUACACGCCCU